CCUUCUAGGCGUCAUUUCCUCUCUGAUAUAUGUUUACUUUAAUGUCGCUUAUUCAGACGCUUGAUAUAUUGUCGGAAUAAAAUUUUAGUAAUGUGCAAAUAAUUGUGAGUAGAUUAAUAAAGUGUAGUAAGAUAUUAGAUUCAUGUACAUAGUUUCAAGUGACAUCAAUCUUUAUGUCUAAUAUAUAUAUAUAUAUAUAUAUAUAUAUGUAUAUCGAUCUGUAAGUCAGUGUUAAAAUAACAAACAAAUGGCAGAAGAAGGAAAGAAGAUUUCCUUCGGUUUUGCGAAAUCUAUUAAGAAACCUGUGUUAAAAAAUGCUAUUCCACAAGAAGAAAAGAAAGUUGAUUACAUUGAAUGUCUUGAUGAAAAAGGUAUUAAAGUAAUAGGUGAGGAAGAAAAAAAAGAUGAACCUCUAAUUAUUCCAUUGCUAGGUUCAAAAACCUGGCACGAUAGAAUUGUUAAUAAAAUAGAUGCAGACAUUUUCCUUCCGAAGACAGAUAAGGAAAAGGUAGAAGACACUAGUGUUAACGUGGCAAAAUCAAAGCUAUGUAAUGGAAAAUCAUCGCCGGUAAUAUCAAUAAAGAAAGAGCCAGUUGAAGAUAGUGAAAAUAAAGUUGUUACUUUAGAAGAGCAAGCAGCUAAAGAAAUCAUUGAGGAACUUAAGUCAAAGAAUGAACAUGAAACUAAAACAAACGAUUUAACUUUACCUUUAGUAGAAGAUGAAUCAUUAAGAGGCAAAGAACAGUCUACGUUAGAAGAUUAUGAAAAAAUUCCUAUUGAUGCUUUUGGUGUAGCAAUGUUACGGGGAAUGGGAUGGCAACCAGGAAAGGGAAUUGGUAGAAAUGAAAAAUUAGUAGCAGCUGUCAUACCAGAAUUACGACCAAAAGGUAUGGGUCUUGGAGCAGACAAAGUAGCAUUGCAGAAAAAAAAUACGGAUUCCAAAAAAGAAGAGGAAGAACUUAAAAUCGAGAAAGGAACAUUUGUGAAAAUUAUAGCUGGAAAACAAAGCAAUAAUUAUGGUCAAAUAGAAGGAUUCGAUGAUGAUGCAGGAAGGCUCAUAAUAAAACUAGCUCUUGGUGGAGAUAUAAUAUCUGUAAAUGAAUUUAUGGUACAGCCAGUGACUAAAUCAGAAUAUUCAAAGAACUCAAAAGUUCUAAAUACAAAAAAGUAUGAGGAAUAUAAGAACAAGGAAUCCAAGGGACUCGAGCAAAAGACAGAUAGAAAAAGAUCAAUGUCCCCUGAACCCGAUGACAGUGAAUAUGGUGACAAAAGUAGUAAUAAAAGAAAGAAAAUCAGAAGUACGAUGCACAAUAAGAACAAGUAUGGUAAAAUUGGGGAUAAAAAAUCAGAAAAACGAAAAAGGCGCUCCGAAUCUAAUGACGACAGUGAUAGUGAUUCUGAAAAGAAGAGACGGAGAGAAAGAAGUAAUUCUAACAGUAGCGAUUCUUAUAAAUCAAAAAGAUUGAAGAAGUCAAAGAAACAUAAGAAACACGAUUGCUCAUCUGAAAGAUCAAGUAAAAAACAUAAAAAGAAAGACAAAGAAAGAGAAAAAGUUAGAGAUAAGAAAUCCAGAGAUUAUGCAGACAGAAAGAAACACAAAAGACGAGAAAGAUCAAGAUCUCGAUCGUUUAGUAGGCAGUAAUAUUUUCCAGGAACAUAUUCGGUCAUUUUACUUUCAAGAUAAAUUGUACAAUUUUAUUUAUACACAUUUUAUAAUAAAAUGUAUUUUUACAAA